UCCUGGAAAAACCAAUAUAUAAAUACAUUUCCAUAUUCCAACUUCAUAACACACACUUCACACUUUCACGUAACAAACAUUACAAUACCUUAACGAUAAUAUUAACAAGAAACACAACACUUACUUACAACGCCGUCUGAAGGAAAAAAACAACAGUUACAACGUUGUUUGGAAACAAAAACACACAACCAAAUGGUGAAACUCGAAUCUACAACUCUUGAAUCCUCCGACCUUGCUUUUCUCGAAUCAAUUCAACGCUACCUCCUCGAAGACCACCAUGACUUCAACCCUCUCACGGCCAUCACCACCGCAUCUCAUGGCAUCGCUCCGGUGAUCAACCGGACCUCUCCAUCCUCCCCAACCAGCAGCCUUAGUAGUGACUCAAACUCAACGUCAAAAAGUAAAACACUUCAUUGUGACGCCUCCCACUCCCUUCCGGCGUCGCGUGAAGCACACGCGCCACCUUGUUGGCAGAGAUACAAAGGAGUGAGGCGGAGGCCUUGGGGAAAGUUUGCAGCUGAGAUUAGAGAUCCAAAUAAAAACGGCGCGAGGGUGUGGCUUGGGACUUAUGAGUCGGCUGAAGAUGCUGCUUUGGCUUAUGACCGAGCCGCUUUUAAGAUGCGCGGCUCGAAGGCUAAGUUGAACUUCCCUCAUUUGAUUGACUCUGAUGUCUCGGAGUCGAUGGUAGUCACGGCUAAGCGGCGUGCAGUGGAGCUUUGUUCUUCGUCGAGGGUGGUUUUGGAGCCGAAAAGGAAAAUGAGCCGAGUCAGUGGCUAUGAUUCUUUAUUAUGAUCAACAAUGUUGAAUGAUAAUACUUCAAGCAAUCAUUUUAUGGGAUCAUUUUACUUGUUGAACUGUUUUUCUGUUGUUGAUUUUUGUAAAUUUUUCAUAUUUCAAUUUUAUUUAUCAAUAUUGAUUUUGCCU